AUGCUGUUCGCCUGGGCAGACGAUGUCAUCAUUCAGAAGAAGAUCACAACACUAAAUACGACGGAUCAGAUUAAGGCCUUCUUCUCCUCUCAAAAGAAUGUUAUAUUUGUCGACCAGAUGAACGCUUUCAAGAUUGAUAGCAUUCAUGGACCAGAGAUACGAAAUCUACAUGACUGGUGGUGGGAACGACAUAAAGGCCUCGCGACGGAAGAUUACCGUCGAGAGAGGUUUGAGGAUAUUACCGGCCGCAUCCCAUUGCUCUUAGACAAGUGCGUGGUGAGAGGGAAUAUUGAUUUGGAUGUGCCCGAAUUGCGCGACAUCUAUAGCAAAUCUGCGGGUUUUGUGCAGCAAGUCAAAGGUAUCACCAAGAAAAGUGAUCUUAACUGGAAGUAUUGCGACUACGUGACGUCUUGCUUCCAGAACCAGGCUGUCCCGCCUAGAUCGGCCGAACAUCUCGAACCGAUCUACCAUCGGUACUUCUAUCACAACGACGAAGAGAUUGGAGGAUACACGUGUGGUUUGGUCCGAAAGACUAUGACAGAUCAGCUCCUUGAGCGGGGUCGUAAUUUCCUCGGAACCGACUUUCUGGCUUCAAUGAGCGACUUUAACCAAUAA